GGAAGAAGCGGAAGACAACAGUGGAAAUCUACAGCACAUAUGCAUUUUUUAAACCAGUGAAAUACAAUCAAACAUCUCAAUUCAGGCCUUAUGUCAGCUCGAGAUAUCGACAUGUUUUCCUUCCACGUAUUCGACCACCCGAUGUCCCGUGGUUUCCAGAAUCGGUUCUCCACUCAGUACCGAUGCUACUCGGUGUCCAUGCUGGCUGGUCCCAAUGACCGCUCCGACGUGGAGAAAGGAGGCAAAAUAAUUAUGCCUCCUUCCGCUCUGGACCAGCUCAGCAGACUUAACAUCACCUAUCCGAUGCUGUUCAAGCUGACCAACAAGAACUCAGACAGAAUGACGCACUGCGGUGUCCUGGAGUUUGUGGCAGACGAGGGAAUCUGCUACCUGCCACACUGGAUGAUGCAGAAUCUGCUGCUGGAGGAAGGUGGUCUGGUCCAAGUGGAAAGUGUUAACCUUAUGGUGGCCACUUACUCAAAGUUCCAGCCACAGAGCCCCGACUUCCUGGACAUCACAAACCCCAAAGCAGUGCUGGAGAAUGCUUUGAGAAACUUUGCCUGCUUGACAACUGGUGACGUCAUCGCGAUCAACUACAAUGAAAAGAUCUAUGAGCUGAGAGUAAUGGAGACCAAGCCAGAUAAAGCAGUAUCCAUCAUUGAGUGCGAUAUGAAUGUGGAUUUUGAUGCUCCACUGGGCUACAAGGAGCCUGAAAGACGACCUCAGCACCAGGAAGAACCAACGGAGGAAGAACCAGAUCCCAGCAGUUACGCUGAUAUGGACACAGGAUUCAGAGCUUUCACUGGCUCUGGCAACCGCUUGGAUGGUAAAACGAAAGGGAUCGAGCCCAGCCCCGCUCCUCUCGCCCUGAGCGACAUCAAAAGAGGCAUUCCCAACUAUGAAUUCAAAAUGGGCAGGAUCACCUUCAUCAGAAACUCGAAGCCUCAGCCCAGGAAAUUUAUUGAUGAUGAUGAUGCCCUGAACAGAUUCAUCGCUUUCUCUGGAGAAGGACAGUCGCUACGCAAGAAGGGCAGAAAGCCUUGAAGAAUCCCAAAUGGAGAGACCAACUUGCGUGCACAGACCCACCAUAUCUGUCAUCACCUACAACAGCAAAGUAAACUGCCCAUCAGAUGCAUAGGGCUUCUGUGUCUUUGUCCCUUUUGAAUUUGCAGUUGUGCUGUUGAGGUGAGAUUAUAUUUUAUUAAAGCUCUGGCAGCAGAAACUGAGCUCGGUGUGUAUACCAUGCAUCACUACAGUUCAUCACCAAGAUGUGAAGAAUUGUUGUUUUGAUAUCAGAUUUGAAAUGUUGUUCACUUCUUUGCAAUCUCCUCCAAAUAUUCUGUUACCCUGAGUCCCAUUGUAAUGAUAAAAUGGGAGCAAUAAUAGCUCUAUACUUAAGUUUCUAUUAAUAAUGAAAAUAAUUUUGUGGUUGAAGAUUUUUUUUCUGAGUUAUAGGAAAAUGCAAGUUUUUUCCCUUUGGUUUAUUUAUAGACAAAUAAAGGACUGUGUUUUGAAAUGUAAA